AUGGACUCAGUCGCGUCGUCAUCGUCGUCUUCGGACCCGCCUACUAAAAAGCCUUUUCCCUUCUUCGAACUACCCUCGGAACUGCGCAUCAAGAUAUACCAAUACGUGCUGUUCAUUGAGCACGGAAAGGGUGUCGUAGAUCUGGAACGAGAUAAUGACAGAAGAAUUGCCCCACGUUUGACAUGCUUCCGCGCAUCUCGGCGCAUGCAUGAUGAGGCCUACCCAAUCUUCUAUGGCUCGCCACAGCAGCCUUUCAGACUGUUCCCAAUCGGUGGAAAUGUGUACAAGACCAAGAAGCCUUUGCUUGAGCUUCUUACGCCAACUUACCGCGCCGUCAUCAACACAAUUGAGUUGCGCCUGGGACCAGGAUGGGAAAGAGUCCCCAAAUGCUGGCAUACCGGCCCUUCACUAGGUCUCACCGAUUGCGUCUCCGUCCGCACGCUCAAAAUCAACGUUCAAGUAGAUCCAACCGAUGCGUACUUCAAGGGACAUCAUGGAAAAGGCAAUGACCAAUACACAUACAUGAACCUCUGCGUUGGCUGGUUGAAGGACAUUCUGGAGCAAGCGCCCAGCAUUUGCAAUGUCGAGAUUGACGCAUGGGAAGGAGUAGCCCUCGAUUCACCAAUGCUCAAUGCACUCGCUACGGUUGUUCUCAGCGCCGACAAAAAGUUGAGCUGGGGUCCUGACAGACUGAAGGAGAUUGAGAAGCAGAGGCUACACAAGGCGCGCUGGGGUGUAUCAUGUGGGAUGCAAUCUUUGGACGAGCUGGAGGACCUCAUGACGGCCAUGGUCAUAGGAAGUGAACGAAGCAGCACAUACUGA